UUGCAUGUUUUUGCCCACGCGCGGUAGACCCGCCUUGGCUCUUGUAAGGUAGGCAUGGCAUCCUGUCGUGUACGAGUGCCUGAUCCCGUCCUUUUAUUCUUUUUCUUUGCAUUGAUGUCGGAAACGACUUGGGUCACUAGCUUUUUGAACGACUACUUCUACAGGGAAUACGAAGUGCAGACCAAUAAUAGGACACAAACGUGUGGAAACAACUCGGGGGAGGAAUUUGAGACGGAGAGGAAGGCUCAGUCUGUCGCAUCAAAAUGGCUGCUCUACAUCGUUAUGUCUAUCUACAUUCCGUCGGUUGUCGUGACUCUAGUAAUUGGCAGCUGGUCGGAUAGACUCAAACACGGCAGGAGGUUGAUGAUGAUAAUUCCUGCGAUUGGAGGAGCUUGCUCCAUGAUUGUACUGCUGGUUAUUGUCUACUGGAAAUUGCCCAUUGGUUACAUAUUUUUUGGUACCAUAGCAUACGGGUUAUCCGGUGGUAGCACUUUGGUGUAUCUGGCCGUCUAUUCUUACACGUCAGAUGUGUCUAGCAUCAAAACAAGAACGAGGCGUCUUGGCAUACUGACAGGAAUGAUGGCUCUAGGAGCAGGAAUGGGACGAACGGCUGGUGGUGUUCUGUUGCAGUACAUUGGCUCUUAUAGUGUUCUCUUCGCAAAUCUGUUCAGUUACGUUUUCUGCCUGUUGUAUGUGUUUUUCUUGCUUGAUGAUCCCCCUAGAAUUGAAGAUUCAGGAUAUGUCAACAAUGAGGAGAGGAGAAGUCUUCAUGAUGAUUAUGUUGAUAAUGAUGUUACUCCAACCGAUGAUGGGAAUGGAUGUAGUAUGAAGUCUGCCAUCGGAGGCUUUCAGAUAUUGAAAUCAGGAGAGUUACACAUUAAACCGUUAUGGUGCCUUUACCUGUUGUUGCUUGCUGACGGCCUCAGUGUUCUCGUCAGUGAUGGUUCGCCUACCAUAAUGUACCUUUAUUUUCUUGGUACACCUUUGUGUUGGAGUACAAGCAUAAUCGGUUACUUCUUUGGAUUGUCAUAUUUCUGUAUGAUUUUGGGGGCAACAAUCGUUUUAACUGUUUUUACCACUUUCUUCCAUAUGAGAGAUACAACAAUAGUAUUGCUGGGUAUUCUAUCUUUUAUUGCAGAAUUUGUCUAUCUCGCAUUUGUCACCUCAACAUGGAGCAUGUUUCUAGUUUUGGGCAUCGGCUUACCAUCUGCUGUUGUUGCUCCAACAUUGAGAUCUAUGUUAUCAAAAUGUGUUGUGAAAGAACACCAAGGAGCCCUCUUCUCUCUUUCAUCAUCUGUGGAGACCACAAAUUCAUUACUAGCACUAGUAAUCUUCAAUCCAUUGUAUUCUGCUAUCAAUCAAGACAAUAUCAGCUUUCUACCCAAUUCUGGAGCUUUCACUUUCCUUGUCAUGGCUUUCGUUUAUGUAGUCAUGUUCAUUCUCAUAGUAAUUUUACACUUCUCGAAAUCGUGGAGAUAUUCAUUCAUGAAAACAACCGAAUCGAAGGAGUCACUGUUGAUCAAUGAAGACAAAGCAGCCUAGUAUUGUACAUGGUAUGUACGUGUCGUGUUCAUUUUUGUAGAGUACUAGAUGAGGAACCUGUUAUUUGAAUGUGAAAAAGUAUGUCUAACUCGACAAAUUAGUAGACAAUAUUGAAUUUUGAUAUGACAUGUGAGUCUCCACUUUCCACAAAA